AUGGCGAAGGAGAAGCCCGAGCGCGAAGCCGUAGGUGCUGCUAUUGCGCAACGACAUUUUCCCCCGGCUCUUAAGUACCCUGAGAGAAAGAAGUACACGCUACUAUCGACGUGGUUUGCGUAUCCUACUCUGACGUGGGCCCCAGAGUGUCUAACGCCUACUCGAAAGCCUAAAUGCAUUGUUCAAGACUGUCCCUGUGAACCGAAAGUCAAAGAGUACAUGCAGCGCACUGUACUGGACGUAAACGGCGUGGCAGUGGAGAUACGUCGCGCAGUAGAGGCCGCGUAUGCAUCACCUCUUCCACCAACAGAAGAGCAGCAUAUAGAUAAGAACGUGUGUAUGGACUCUGAAACGCUAAGAAAUAUUUGGCUAACUCAAACUAACAUUUACGCCACCCUCUUGUGA